CGCCAUUCAUCAGGUGACGUCAUUGAUUGACGGCGUACGGUUGCAUACGAAUUGAGAUUUCCUUUAAUUCUCUGCUUCAAAUGAAGAUCUCAAAAUGGAUAAAAGAUUGAAUGUUAAUCAGCAAGCUGCAGGAAGCUCGUCAGCUAUUGGCGGAAGAUCAAAGGAGAUGGCUUUGGAAAGACUCCGACAAAUGGAGUGGAGACGGAAAAUUGAGGAUGACUAUCAAUUUACAAGACCAAGUUCUCGAACUUCUGGGAGGAAGAAAAGCGAAGAGGACGAAGAAAACUAUUAUGUAGGUGCUGGUGUUCAGAAGACGAAGAAGAUGCGAAAGCCAAAAGUGCCCAAGUCUCCAACGGUUCCUCCAGGAUUUACUCCUGCUGAGGUAGCAAUGCCUGCCCCACCAGGUCUUGAGAGGUGCUGAUGGUAUGGGCUAAGUGUUGAAGGCAGCAGGCUGAGUGUAGGCAAAGAUAUGUUGUGUGCUGAUGACUCAUGCGGACAAGGCCGGAGCAUCGCAGGCUGCGCCCAAGGUGUGUUGGCUGAUGACUCAUGCGGACAAGGCCGGAGCAUCGCUGGCUGCGCCCAAGGUGUGCUGGCUGAUGACUCAUGCGGAAAAGGCCGGAGCAUCGCUGACUGAUGAUGGGGGAUGUAGAAGGUAAAUGUCUCUUGUGGUCCAAAACAGAUGUGCACGAUAUUUCAUGAUUGAUUGGUAUGCGGGAAAAUUGUAGAGUUGUUAAU